AGGAGGGAAAACGGGCACAAUUUAACCAUCAACAAUGCUAACCUGAGGCCCUUCACAGAUCCCCAUCAGCCCAUACAUUAGAAGGAUAGCUUAUGUCCGAGGGUCCCGGCCGGCGGGAGCGGGGAGAGCGGCGCCGUGGCCCUUCCAAAGACGGGGAGCGGGACAAGGACAGCAAUGCUGCCAAUGCAUCCGCUUCCGCCUCAGCACCCUCCGCAUCAGCAGCAGCAACAUUGGCAGCCAUGACAGCAGCUGGUCGCUCUAUGGUUGGUACCUCGGGGCAGGAGAUAGAGCAGUAAGUAACACCACCAAGCAACAAAACACACACAAAUCACACACACACACAGAGGUGGAUGGAUGGAUGGAUGGAUGUGUGUGUUGGCCAUCCGUCAAUCAAUCGCCAGGGCCCGGGUGUGUGUGGAGCGUGCGCGUGUGUGCUACGAGCAGCGGAGCAGCAAGGAGUGCCGGGCCUACUGCAACGAGGGCAUCCGGCUACUCACCAUCGCAAACACCGCAACCACCGCCACCAGCAGUGCAUCGGCAUCUGCAUCUGCAUCGUCAUCACCUCCAUCCCUAGGCGACUCUGAAGCUAUCGGACUCAAGUACACAUACACACAGGGAGAGAGAGGGAGAGAGGGAGGGAGAGAGGGAGAGCUCAUCCAUCCAUCAAUUUAUCGUCCUUCUGUGGUUGUAGGUUGGACCUGCACGCGCUGCACGCCGUGUGCUGUUCGUUCCUGCAGCCGCCCGAUUGGCUGGCGGCCUGUCAGGAGGCCGACAACGCAAUCGAACUCCACAACAAGAUCGAGGUGCCUCCGUGUGUCUGCAUACACACACGCAGAGUGUCCUCCACCGUGUUUGUGUGUUGUGUGUGAUGGCUGGUUGGUAUGCAUGGCCAUCCAUGCAGACUGACGGUUUGGCGUAUCCCUACUUCGAGGGGGUGUGCCAGGCGCUCAAGGCCAGGGCGCGAGCCAAGGAGGCACUGGUACGCUCUCUGUCUGAUGAUGGAUGUGUGUGUGCGCAUCCAUCCAUCCAUCCAUCCAUGUGUGUGUGCAGGGUUUGUUAGAGCAGUGUCGGGGUGACUGCCUCGAGUACCUCCGCGUUCACAAGGGAUGGACCAGAUGGCUCAUGGCCAAGGUACGCAUCUCUCUGUGUGCGGUGUGUGUGUGUGGUGUGUGUGAGUGAAUGCUCACGUGCCGACGACACACACAUCAGGGUGAGGGCGCCCCCUACUUGGGUCGUGACCUGGAGUCCGCUGCCGAGGAGAAGGGCGAGGUCGAGGUGCUCCUCAACCGCAUCGACAGCAAAGGGGGAGUGGGAGGGGCAGGGGGGCAGAACAACACCAACAACACAAACACCAACAACACCAGCCACAACAAUGGAGACGACGUAGGCACCGCACACAAAGAGGGAGAGGGAGGGGGAGAGAGAGAUGGAUGUGACUCAACACAUGUGUACGUGCUGUGCUGUGGUCGAUCUCAUGCAGGGCAUCGGGAUCUUCAGGUACACCGCUUGCCUCGGCCCUCACCCCCUCGACCACCUCCACUCGCAGCAGCCGACAGGCACCGACAACACCAACGCCCACAACCCACCCCUAGCACUACCAGCAGCAUCAGCAGCAGCACCAGGACCAGCAGCAUCGUCAGCAGCAGCGGCCCCGCCGGCAGGUCCACAGAGUUUGUUCCCCCCCUCCCAGGACCAGGACCCCCCCUCCCACAACCCCUCACUCUCACCAGCACCGCCGCCGCCCUCACGAGACCCACACACUAACACCAAUACCAACACAAACACCAACAGCAAUACCAACACGGCUGAGGUGAGCGAGACGACCGAUGCACCCACUUAUCCAGCCGUUGACGGAUUUCUCUCUCUCUCUCUCUCUGUGUGUGUGUGUGUGUGUGUGUCAGGUGCGUGGGAAGGACAAGCGCGUGGCGGGUCGGUCGGGCGGCAAGGAGGGGGCGGGGAAGCGACAGCAGCAGGCCAGCAACCCCCACAACACCAACCCCACAACCAAUGGCACCAAACAGGCGGUCUCGCUAGCAGCACUGGCGGGAAGUAAGCCUAGCCCAGCAGCAAAACAGACACAUCCAUCCAUCCAUCCAUCCACCCACCUCUCUCUCUCUCUCUCUCUCUCCGUGCAGCCAAUUACUUGCAGCAGCAGAACCAGCAGCAGCAGAACCAGCAGCAGCAGCAGCAGCAAGAGGCUGGUCGUGUGGGCAUCCUGCAGCGGCUGCACAGCCUGCACAAGGAGGAGCACGAGCUGCGGAUGAUGUAAGUACUGGCACACCAAACCGCAUCCUUUGCGGUGGAUGGGUCGAUGGGCGCAUCUGUGUGUGUGUGUCUGUUCAGGCUGUCCCGGCAGCAGAAGCAGCAGGCCUUUCUUGAGAAGGAGAUCGGCGCCGUCCACAAGCGGUGCGGAUCUCCUUCUCUAUGUCACCUUACGAACACACACAGCAGGUGUGUGUGGAACUGUCACUUGUGGUCAUUAGGUCUGAGAUAUGCGCCUUAGAGCUGUGCGAUGAGCGCAUCAGGUACACACACACACAGACACUUGCAGUCCAGUCCUUCCAUCCAUCCAUCCAUGUGUGUGUGUGUGUGUAUGUGUGUGUGUGCAGGCACAACCACACGAUGCGCCUGUUAGAGGAGGAGCGCGCCGCCUUCCACAAGACCAUGGUCGACGUCCAGACGCAAAACAGCGCACUCACCGAGAAGAACAAACAGUACGCAGCCAACAACCCCCUGCCCCCAGCCACAGAGAGGCGCUGGCAGGAUGCGUGUGUCUUUGUGUGGAUGUGUGUGGAUGUGUGUGUCUUUGUGUCGGAUGUGUGUGUCUGUGUGUCGUGUCGUUAGUUUGGAGUCUAUGCUGUCGACCUACAAGAACCGAGAGGCUCUGCGCGGAAGCGUCUCGCCGUACUCGGACUACUUCUGGGCGUAAGCCGCACACCCACACACACAGACACACAUAGACUCACGUGUGUGCCUCUGUGUCUGUGUCUGUGUGUGUGUGGUCUGUGUGCAGGACAUCGGAAGCUCGUGUGAAGACCUCGUGUGUGUCGGACCUCGAGGCCCUCAAAACCAACAUAGAAAACGCACAGCGCGCCAUAUUCAACACACAGGUCCUCCCCUCUCUCUCACACACACACACAGAGAGAGAGAGAGAUGUGUCGAUGGAUGGAUGGAUGUAUGUCUGUGUGACUGGGUGGUGUGUCUGUCAGUCGACAUUGAGCCUGCUGGUAGAGUACGCCAACGAGGAAGCCGAGAGGCUCAACGAAGUGCAGGAGCAGGUCCCCUCCGCACUUGCAGGCCUGCCUGUGCCCAUCCAUCCAUCCAUCCGUGUGUGUGUGUGCCCGUUGCUUUGCGUUGCGUCGUGUUAGGUGAAGGCCAAGAUGGCCUCGCUGAUACUGGUAGAGCUGAGGGACCACAAAGACCACCACCAGCAGCAGCAGCAGGAGCAGCAGGGGGAGGAGGAACAAGUGACUGAGGCACACAAAACCUCACAAACCCACACACCCACAGAGAAAGAAAGAGAGGGAGAGAGAGAGAGAGAGAGAGAGAGGAGGGACAGACACCACACACACACCCCCCCUGUAUGUUUGCAGGAGUUGUCGGAGGACGGGUGGGAGCAUGUGGGCGGCACACACGACAAGAAGCACGGCGGUAGGGGCAGGAAGAGACCCUGACUGACACACUGACACGCCCUCACCCACCACUACCAGCCCCCAACGAGGCCAGUUAGCAGUAGAGCCCAUCCAUCCAUCCACAGAGAUAGGGGGUAGGUAGACAGCCUCUGUGUGAGGCGAACCUGCCAGCCACCGUGCCUGUAGAGUAGUGGAGACAGACAGACAGACAGACUGAC